UCAAUGCACAAAAAUCUGACGAAAUUCAGUGGUUGUGCACGUGGUCUAAAUAAAUCAUUCAGCCAGGAUCCCAGAGGCGAGUAAAUUGAUCUUGUUCCAAGCAAUACUCUUACAGUCUCCGCAGAGAGGUAACUCGAUCUUCCUGGGUCUUGGGAUGGAUGAAGAACACAUGGCCGACAGUCAAAUCAUCUUUAAAUGGGUAACUAAACUCAGAAUCACUUGUUAUACAGAACAUAACCUAUUAUUGUCUGUACCUUAUGGUUUUUUUAUUUAAAAAAAAAAAACAUAUGUUUUAGUGCUUCAAGCGUUAUGUUGUAAUAUUGGAAAGGACAUUCGGUGGGGGAAAGAGAGUAUAAAAAUAGAAAAAGUUGGUGGGAAUCGAAGAGUCACUUGAAACAUUUGUUUCGCCAGAUGUAGGCUUUUUCUCGGCUUUGUUCUUCCAAUUUCACAUAUGGAGCUGAUUAGAGAACACCGGAUAUUAUUUAAGAAGCAGUUUCAUAUCUGUGGAAUCCUCUCUCUACGUUCGAAGCGGUUUUAUUCACAUUUUGGUGAUUGGGGAUUGGGUUGCCAUUGGUGAGCAAGGAGGGCUUCGACCAUUCCAAACUCCACAAAGGGUAGAAUAACUUUGGAAAUAUAAAGGAUUAGCAAGCAGAGGUGGAACAACUGCCCUUUUAUUGAGUCUGACAUGAACACGGAUUACCUGACUUGCAGGGAGAGGAAAAACCAUCGCUCUCACAUUAAGGAAGCUUGCCUAAAAGAUACUCUGUACUGAUUUGUGAAGAUCCAGUAUGAUAAUCUCUUCCUGACACUCUUUGCGUGACCCUCCAGAAAUGACAAUGAGGUUACUUCACCUGUGUCGGGUGCAUGUCCUGGGUUUAGGAGUCGUUGGGCUUAUGGCUGUUGGACUCACCAUUCAGCUCCUCGGAAUCCACUUUCUAAGGAAAUCCCCUCAAAAUCCUUCUGUCCUACGUCCUGUGUCCUCCACUCCAUCUCAGACGUGCCUCCCUAAACGGCACAUUGUCUUCUUGAAGACACACAAAACAGCUGGAAGCACAAUAUUAAAUAUACUUCAUCGUUAUGGGGACAGGAAUGGCCUUAUUUUUGCUAUGCCAUUUAAGUACCAAUUCAGCUAUCCCAAUCUUUUCCACUCCCGGAGAGUGAAGGGCUACAGUACUCCAAACAGACCAUCAUAUGAUAUCCUGUGUCAUCAUAUGAGAUUCAAUCUUCCGGAGGUCCGUAAAGUAAUGCCUUCAGACUCUGUAUAUUUUACAAUCCUUCGAGAUCCAGCCACUAUGGCCGAGUCUUCUUUCUCUUAUUAUCGGUCUGUGUCUUCUGCUUUCAAGAAGAGUCCCAGUUUCAAGGCAUUCAUUGCCAAUCCUUCCAAAUAUUACCAACCAGGUGAAAGAUCCAACCACUAUGCUCGCAACCUUUUGUGGUUUGACUUGGGAUUUAACCCUGAUGCAUCAUUCACAGAAACGUUGGCAAGGGCAGGAGCCCGGGCUGUGGAAGGGAUAUUUAAUCUAGUGCUCUUUGCUGAGCACUUUGAUGAGUCAAUGAUCCUUCUCAAGGAGGAACUGUGCUGGGAGCUUGACGAUGUGGUGAGCUUCAAACUAAAUAUCCGAGCUGCUGCCAAACCCCUUGAGCAUAGGGAGAUAGAGAAGCUACGGGCCUGGAAUUCUCUGGACUGGUAUCUUUAUACUUACUUUAACCACACAUUUUGGGAAAAGGUGAAAAACUUUGGGACAACAAGAAUGGACAAGGAGGUGAAGAGGCUGAGAGAAAGGAGGCAAGAACUUGCUGAACUAUGUCUUGCAAGCUCAGAACCUGUAAAAGCUGAGGAUAUCAAAGACGAUUCCAUUAAGCCUUUCCAGUUUGGACAAGACAAAAUUAUGGGAUGGGCCAUAAGAAAAGAUUUGAGAUACAACACCAGGACCCGAUGUUUGCAAAUGGUAACACCUGAGCUUCAGUACAAGGACUUGUUGGAUACACGGCAGUUCCCAGGUGGAACUUGGAAUGGGUCAGAACUAGCAGUAACUCCAGGGAAGCGUAUUGAUGGUUAAACAUGUCGGAAAAUUACAAAUAUAUCUGAGAUUAUAUGAAAAUGAAAUGAUAUGACUAGAUUCUGUGAAAAACGAAACCACUGAUGUAUAAAACGUUUGGAGGUAAUGCUGGUUUAAUGGAUUGACUUGUAACCAAUAGAUCAAGCAUCCAUUCAGACCACUUCUACAAUACUUGAGACUUUGACCAGAUUUGACUGCAUCCCAGUGUGACUGCCACCUACUUCCAUUUUAAUAGAGAGCCUUCCAAUGAUUUAGACUUUCUAUAGUGAGUUUCAGUAUCUUCUAAUGAUUAAGCCUCCAUUUAACAAGCGACUUAAACUAGGUAAUAGGACUGUCCUUCACAAAGUGAAAUGAUGAAAAUCUUGGUAUGGAAUAUUUUCUAUAGACUAUUUUAUUACUUUUUGUAAUGUAAAUCUUUAUAUAUUUAUAUAGCUAUUUGUAUGGUUGUGUUUAGUAAAUACACAUUUUACAUGAUCAA